ACCCCCUUUGAUCAUGAAAAAGCUGACAUGAUUCUGUGCUCAUCCAAUGGCAUAGAUUUCCACAUCUUCAGGCUCUUUCUCUCCCUUGCAUCACCCUUCUUCGAGACUCUCUUCGAUCUUCCUCAGCCAUCUGAAGAGACUAACACUGACACAGGGAUCAGAGACGGACUCCCUGUCAUCCCUGUCUCAGAAAGCAGCAAAACACUUGAUUCACUCCUCCACUUCUGCUACCCCUGCACCCUGGCAGAGGACCCUGUGCUCAAUGAUUUCAGAGAGAUAGUUGAUGUUCUCGACUCAACAAAAAAAUAUUCUCCUGACACCAUCCAGCAGGCAGUGAACAAAUCUCUUUUCAUUCCAAAAAUAUUGGAAACAAAUUCACUGCACUGCUUCGCAAUCACUGGCUGCACCUGCAUGCAGGACAAAUGUGAGCUUGCUGCUAAAUGCACUCUCCAGGAGCCAUUGAUCCCAGGGUGGUUUGAGGAGGUCGAGCUAAUUACUUCUGCAGAACUCCUUUCAUUAUUGCCAUGUGCAGCAGCACCAUCCUGGCUCUUAAGGGUGACCUUUCUUGGAUCCCAAAAGAACUUAAACAAGGUUAUAGCAGCACCUGUGGAUGCACACCUGGUUGAGGUUGGAUGGGCCUUGGUGAUCGGUGGCAGGUCUUCAUAG